AUGGCGGCCUCCUGUGGAAAAACCGUGCUGUCCAGACAGCUAUGUGUGAGUGCUGUGCACCACAGGAAGAACCUGGCUGCAGCGGGCCCAGAGAAGUUCUCAGAGGAGUUCAUCAAGAAGCAGCUCACUUUCACAACAUCACCAGCAGGGGGACCUCUUGAGUUUUUUGCUCAAUCUCUAACUAAUUGGGCUAGACAAAGUAAAGUGGUUUACACCAAUGGCCUAACUCUCUCUCUCUCUCUCUCUCUCAUAUAUGAGUAUAUAUAUCCUCUAGCUGUCCAAUGGGGCGCAGAUAGACGGCCAUUCCACUUUCUGUUCUACACAGGAAAGCAGUCCUACUACUCUCUAAUGCAUGACACUGUCACUAAAGCCCUGGCAGUAGAGAAGCACCAGGACCGUCUGAGAGGAAAGAAUCUCUUCACCCAGGACGCCAAGCAGAUUUCUCUGAAAGAAGAGCUGGAGGAGUUGUUGGUGGAGACCAUCUCAGAACACGAUUAUGCAUGGUUCAUCCAGCUGAUGGAGAGGUUGCUGUCUCUGCCCAACUGCUCUGUGGAGGAGGACUUUGUCCAGCACUACCGCAGACAGCUAGAGAUCCAGUCCUCCAAGCAGCAGGUCCAGCCCCUACAAUACAACCAGCACGGAGUGGCUUACAGCACCGGAGAUGGCAGAAGAAAGACCGCUACGGGUACUGUCCUACUGAGAGACAGCGGUUCAGGAUCCAUCAGCAUCAACGGGACAAACUAUGUCCACUACUUCCCUGUCCUGCAAGACCGCCAGGCGGGGGCGCUACGCCUUGCCAUCUCCCGCGCCAUGCUGAGCUUUCUGUCUGAGGGACAGGUGGAGACCAUGAGACAAGCUGGGCUGCUGACCCCUGGCCCCAGAAUUAAGGAGAGGAAGAAGCCGGGCCAGGAGGGAGCGAGGAGGAAGUUCACCUGGAAGAAACGCUGAGGUGGAGGACAGAAUAGAACUGGACACAGGAAAAUCACAGCAACAUCUUCAUCAUUAUCUUCCUCUGAGAUCAGAACUGUUAUUAGUAAGUGGACAAAUUGUUCAUCCAACCCCUAUUGUAGCCUUUUAUAUGUCCCCUAAAGGUGUUUUAGAUCUGGAAAUAGCCACCAAGUACAUGACUCAAAUACUUGUACAAAUUCAAAGUUGCUGCCAUGCUGUUGUCAAAUUCUGUCCAUGUGAGGGCAGGAUACCCAACUCCAUAUAGGCUGUAAUGUUUUUUUCUGCCACCAGAGGGCCAUCUCUGGCAACAUACCUGUCCAUUGUCUUUGUCUGUAUAUUGAAAAUAAAAUUUUGUUUUUCA